AUGUUCAUGUUCUCCGCCGCACGCUGCCUCGUCCCUAGUCUGUACCCCCACCCGCACGCGCCCGCCUGCCGCCGCGCGCCGGCGCCCACCGCGGUGUCAGCCAAGCCGCGCCGCUCGAGCCGAGGCUCCCGCCGCGAACGCUCGUGGGACGACGAUGACGGCGGCGGCUCAGAUUCCGACGUCGACGACGGCUUCUUCGGCCAAAAGCAGGACGAGGAGGCGCCAACGCCCUCCCCCGGACGGCCCUCCACGCCAGCGCCCCAGCUGCGGGGGUCUGACGUGCUGCGCGCGCUGCAGAGGGCCGCCGCGGCCAAGGAGGCCGCCAGGAACAAGAAGAAAGACAUGAAGAAGCCGGCGGCGCGCCAGCGGCAGGGGAAGGAGACGCCGGCGGGUGGCGACGUGGAAGUCCGGGAGGUGAGGCCUGUGGUGAUAAGGCCCGAGUGGGCGGCGAGGAUCCGGGAGCUGGAGCUCAGGGUGCAGCAGCUCGCCGCCGACAAGUAUAGUCAGUAG